UGCCCAAGAGCUGAUAUCCAACCCUCGGUGGCUAUCCGGACCAGCGUUUCUAUGGAAUCCCGAGAUCAACACAUCCACCACCGAAAGUCCGCCCCUCUCGGAAGACGAUCCCGAAGUUAAGAAAGUAAAAUCACUCGCCACGCAAGGAACGACCGAAAACGUGUCAACGAUUCUCCAGAGACUUGAAUACUUCUCCGAUUGGCACCGGGCGAAAAGGGCCAUCGCAGUUUGCCUGAAGCUCCGAAAGCGUCUGAGAAGUUGUACGACAGAUCGAGAACAAGUUAAAUCCGAGACACGCACCAAUUCGUAUCAGCCGGUAAACGUGGAACAGUUGCGACAAGCGGAAGUAGAAAUUAUGAAGGCGAUUCAAACGGAAAUGUUUCCCGUAGAGAUGGAACUCCUGCGUCGUUUGAAAUCCAACCCCACGAAAAGAGAAGACGUCAAGGAUCGUAAGGCAAGCUUAAAGAGAAACAGCGUAUUAUAUCGACUAGAUCCAUUUAUCGACAAAGAGGGACUCGUAAGAGUUGGCGGACGAAUCAAACGCGCCGAUGUCCCCUUUCACGUGAAACACCCCGUAAUCCUACCGAGAAAGGGACACAUUACAUCCCUCAUAAUCCAACAUUACCAUCAACGAGUCAAACACCAAGGCCGUGGAAUCACCCUGAACGAGAUUCGCGAGGACGGGAUUUGGAUCAUUGGUGCAACUUCUGCAGUGGCCCAUCAUAUCGCCAAAUGCGUCACGUGUCGGAAACUUCGUGGUACCGUAUCCGAGCAGAAAAUGGCCGAACUUCCCUACGAUCGAUUGCAACCUGCGCCACCGUUCACCUUCUGCGCCGUUGAUUACUUUGGCCCGUGGCACAUUAAAGAAGGUCGGAAAGAGCUAAAGCGGUACGGCGUUUUGUUUACUUGCCUAUCAUCUCGGGCGAUUCAUCUCGAGACGGCGAAGUCGUUAGAGACGGAUUCCUUUAUCAACGCUCUGCGUCGUUUCCUGGCUCGACGCGGACCCAUUCGUCAGCUCAGAUCAGACCAGGGUACAAACCUAGCAGGUGCUCGACGCGAAUUGAAAGAAGCCUUGCAAGAGAUGGAUAAAGAGAAGGUGCGAUCAUUCCUACUGGAAAAAGAAUGCGACUGGUUCGAAUUUCUAAUGAACGUGCCCUCCAGCAGUCACAUGGGUGGUGUAUGGGAACGGCAGAUACGAACGGCGCGCAACGUUCUGAAUGCCCUCCUCCUCGAGGCGGGAACUCAGUUGGAUGAAGAGUCACUGCAAAGAUUCAUGUGCGAGACAGAGGCUAUUGUAAAUAGCCGUCCCCUAACCGUGACUAAUCUUGGCUCUCCUACCGACGCGGAACCCUUAACCCCAAACCACCUCCUGACAAUGAAAUCGCGAAUACUACUCCCACCACCCGGCGAGUUCCAGCGAGCAGACAAAUAUCUAGUGAAAAGAUGGCGACGAGUCCAGUACCUUGUCAACCAGUUUUGGUCGCGUUGGCGUAAGGAGUUUCUCAACACUUUGCAAGGAAGGCAGAAGUGGAGCAACCCUCGUAGAAACUUGCGUGUAGGCGACAUCGUUCUCAUCAAGGAUGAUAACGCGCCUCGAAACCUUUGGCGAAAGGCUCGCGUUGACGAAGUUUACACGGACGUAGAUGGUUUGGUGCGAAAGGUCAAGCUUAUUGUGGCAGAUCCUCUGUUGAACGAACGCGGAAAACGAAGUCGAGUUGCGACCAUUUUGGAACGUCCUAUUCAGAAGCUAGUUGUACUUCUUAAAGUCGAAGACACGGAGAACGUUGAAGAGUGA